AUGCCAUCUCCAACCACUCGAAUGAUCCUUUCAAGAGCCCUUCUGCGCCUUUGUUCCUGGCUGGCUACCAGAGUGCGUGUGGGCUGCUAUCUGCCCCGAGGAAGCGGUUUUAAGUGUUUCGGUCUGAGAUUACUCGGUUCUAGGUGUAAUGGACGCCUGCUUUCAGUGUGUCUGUCGGUUAUCUCCGUGUCUGUUUGUCCGUCUCUCAAGCUCAGCCGUCCACGUCUCAAGCUCAGCCGCCCACGGGUCAUACCAUCUCCCGUUGUUACUCGUGCGACGCAAUCCAGAGGAGCUGCAGAUUGCAUGCGAGCGGGCAAGCUGUUCGAGACCGGUGCCAAAACUGCCUCGGAUCCAGAGCAGGCGAGUUUGUGCUGA